UCCAUAUAUUGGUCCGAAAUGGGAAAAAUGGGUAGAGUGUGGUUAGAGAUUGCGACAAUGGUUGGGGAUAUUGCAGCAACGGUGUGUGGGUUUGCGGUGGCAUACAUGCACGCCACCUCUGUGCUUUGGGCGAUAGCAAUGUCCGCUCAUCUCCUUGCGCUCAUCGCCGCUGUUUCUCUAGGAUAUUUCGUCUACGCCAUGCUUCGUGAUUGGAAGCUUUUAGGGGCAUACACCAUCCUCCGGCUCGCUAUUGUGGCUUGCGGAAUUGGGAAGCAUUCUCUCACAUUUUAUGCUGGACUCGUAGUUUCCAUCAGUGACCUGGCAAUAGUUGUUUCUGCAUACUUGGUUCCUCACUUGGUCCCAGAGUACAUUUCUUCAUCAGCAAAUGUUGAACUCCCAAAUAUGAAAAAGUGACUUUAUAAAUUCUAGAGUAUAUCUCUAACAUAUACUUCCAUUAAAAAGUGCAACAGUCAACAUUGGAAGGUUCCUAACUAAAUGGCACAAUUUUUUAUAUAUACACAAGCAAAUGUUAGGCCUUCCAAAAUCAUUGUACAAAAUCAUUUGCUAGAGAUAUAUUCUAGAGUAUAUCUCUAGCAAAUUUUUUAUCUUGAUCAAUUUACACAAAACUGCCAUAUCCUUAGCAAAUGUUAGAGAUAUUUUCAUUAUAUUAUGAUCAAUGUUACUUAGCCUUUUGUAAUAAUUUAUUUAUCCAUAGAAUAGGCCUUAAAUGGAAAAGGCUACUAAGCUAAAUUAGGAAUGGGUCUCCUAAAAAGGAGAGCCCAUAUCAUUGUAAAACCUACCAUUCUAAGGAGGCUAUAAAUAGACCCCUUAGGAAUGGCUAGGUUAAGCUUUUCAAUGCAUUCUCUGUGCCGCAGUGCCUAUUUGCGUGUAAGGUUUUUAUGCUAGGUUUUCACAUCAUUCUGUAAAACCUUCACCAUCAAUGGAAAGCUUCAUUCCCA